UUCGACUUGCGGCUUGGGAUUUUAUUAUCAAUAUUGGAAGCACACUUUGCUUAUUUGUUGGUCUAUAUGCAUUUCUAAUUGUUUUUCUCUUGUUCAUUUAUGUUGUGUGUGUCGAGAAAUUUCAUAUCAGGUACAUGAUUGUUUGGUUGACCAUGGUCCAUCCUGUUGGAUAGUUGGCCUUGGCCACAUUCCUCCCUAUUCAAAUGUCCAUGCUAGCUCUCUCAGUUAAGAUGUCAGAGAUCUUAAUAGUUAUUUAAGGUGCUACCAUGCUCUUUCUCGGAGUAUGCCAUUCUCUGAAGUUUAUAGUGUCACUCAGCUUCUAACGCAUUGGCCCCUCAUUAGAUACAAUGACCACAAUAAAAACUAAAAAGAAAUGUACCCUGUUAUGCAUGGAGAGAGAAACGAUGCAAAAUAUUCUCACCCCAAUGAAUCUGUAUCGCGAGAAAAGGGGAACAAAGUACUAUAUAAUAGGAGGAGAUGGAGUGUACAAAAUAAGACAUAGAUGUGUAUAUAAAUAGAAGGCUCGCAACAAAAUCUUCUCCCGAGAUAUGAAUUUAUUCGAUGCCAUUAAAUGCAAAAGAGAAAGUACUCCCUAAAUGAAUAAACGUUCUACCGCUAAGUGAUAUGAUAAUUUAUACAUGUAGCAAAUGACAAGUAAUAAUACGAUAUGGAAAAUUUUAUCCAUAGUGCUAAUAUAGCACUAAAACAAUAAUUAUCCAUCAAAAUAUCACGUAUACAAAUACCAUACAAAUACCGGACUAAUCCACUGAAAUAUAUGAUAAAUUUGAUUAUUAAUUUUUUGUUAUGUUUUCAAUAUUCCAUUAGGGAACUUUCAUUUUUGUUAACAUAUUGAUGUUGUCGAACCGAAAGAGCAACAUACAGAAAUAUAUUUGCAUUACCUUGUGCAAUCAUAUACAUGCUUAAGUAAACUUUUAGAUAUGAAGAGUGUUGGAAUGCAAAUAUGAAAGGGAUAUGGUGGUGGUUUCCUUUUCCUCAAAAUCCGACUUUCUCGUUUUUACAAACCCAUUUUACUGAAGUGAAAAAAUGAUAUAUUGUCCCUCCACCCAUCCCAAAUUCCCCAGUUAGAUUCCAGAACUCUGGCUAGGGCCGCGCCUAAUGAUCCAGUGGCGGUAGGGCAUGGUGGUCGGGGCCGCUAGCGAGAGGCACCAGGCGCUUCUCCUCGGAACCGGCCUCCACCACAGAUUAGCACAGUACAAGUAUACUAAUGAAAACCAUGUAGUGAAGGGCCUCAUUAUCAUGCGGUGAAGGGCACAAUACUGGGAAGACUAUGAGUAGGAGUGUGGUGUAUCACGGAAUCAGAGCAAGGGUGGCUUCCAUUCAAAGCAAAAGGGAUUCCCACCAGCAAAUUAUCUCACUUGUUACUGUUUUUUUGGAUUGUUGGGUAUUAAAAAAUAGGGAUUGAUGCCUUGUGAAUGUUUAUGUAUACAAACGAAUUGUAUUGCCUAAAUUCAAAGAAACCAUAACUUUAUGUUAAAUGUUGAAAAGUAGCGCACUAUAAAAUUCUAUUUUUAACUCUAUAACAGAAGAUAUCUAACAUAGGUAAAGUACCAUGCUCUUUCUUAUUUCGAUCUUAAUAAUUAUUUUUAAGGUGGUACCAUGCUCUUUCUAAUUUGGAUCCAUUUCAAAUUAAUUCAUAGAGUUCAUUCGAAUAUGAAAUACCAUGUGGUAAUUAAUGUAUCACUUAGUUCACCUACUGUCCGAGUUAAGUAUUAUAGUUUUAAGUUGUUAGAAUUUAUGGCUAACACAUAGUAUAUGAACAUAAACUAUUAAAAAAAGUGCAUACAUUGCAUAUUCGCAUUCUAACACUCUUAGUGUCUAAAUUUUACUUAAUAACACUUAUGAUUGUACAACGUGUUGCAAAUAUAAUUUUGUAUGUUGCUCAUUCGGUUCGACAAAUAGAUAUGUUAACAACGAGAACGAAAGUACCCUAACCGACUAUCCAAAACAUAACACGAAUUCAAAGAUCACAUUUAUCAUAUAAUUUGGUGAAAUAGUUCGGUUUUAGUAUGGUUUAUGUAUAUUUGAUGGAUAAUUAUUGUUUUGGUGCUAUUUAGCAAUAUGGACACAAUCGUUCGUUCUGUAUUAUUACUUGUCAUUUGUUACAUGUAUAAUUAUCAUAUCACUUGUAGUAUGACUAUUUAUGUAGACAAGAUUUUCUUUUGCAUUAAAUGACAUUGAGGAAAUCCAUAUCUCUAAAGAUUUUGUCCCGGGUUAUCUAUUUAUACACAUUCCCAUGUCUUAUUCUGUAUACUCCAUCCCCUCUUGCUAUAUAGUCCCUUUUCCCCCUUUUCUCGCGAAAACGUAUUCAUUGAGGUGAGAACAUUUUGCAUCAUUUCUCUCUUUGUGCCUAACGUGGAUAACUUUGGUUACAUUUCAUUUUAAUUUUUGCUGUGGUCAGGGCCGGCACAUUAUAAGUGGAGGGGCAAUAUAAACUGGAGACAAUGAAAUACUUCGAGAAAGAGCAUGGUAGCGGACCACAAUCUUCUGAAGGCUCGAAGUCGGGUCUUGGUGAGGCAGGCUCGAACUCUGGUCUUGGUGAGGCACAUCCUUGUGAGGGCUCGAACUCCGGUCUUGGCGAGACAAGCCCUGACUUCAGUGGUGCCAGUUUCUCGUUGGAUGACAACGAGAUCAACGCCUACAACGGCAUCCUGAACCUCCAAGCGCCUGACGUCACCACCGUCAUGGCUAUUGUGCACGGCGAAGGGUACUGGACCGAUGUUGCGUGGUACUUCCAGGACUCUGACUUCGUGACUCUCCUCAACUUCAUGAACAGCCUCGGGCCGGAGACCGUCGAGGACGAGGACUUUCUUGACUUUGCCAACGUCGUGAGCUUCGCGAACAGCCUCGGGAAGGAGUCCGAUGAAGAAGACGACAUGGUCAGGGUGUUGCUGAAUGUGGAUGAUGUUUCGGAAGAAUUGUGAGCAGGCAGGGGGGAGAUAGAGCGUAGGGCGUGUCCUGGCAUCAUCUGGAAGACUAAGUAUACUUGAAUAUGAAGUUGUGUGGCGCUGGGUUAUUUUUUAUGUUAUACCAAAACUAUAAAUUGUAUUCAGAUUGGUUGGUGUGUUGUAUGGCUGAUGUCUCCGUGCCGUGGGGCGGAGAGGUGAUGUAUCAUGUAUGUUUGUUUCUUGUUUUGAUGGAUGGCAGUAUUUUAUUUGCAGUAA